CUUUCGGGUGUGCAUUCAAACUUUACUGCAGCGCAAAAUGUCCAAGUUACCGUGCAGCUACGAUGCGGAGAACAAGAUCUGGAAGGGUAUUCCGCAGAACAACCCCUUCAAGCCGGAGACCUCGCUUGGCCGCAUCAUCUUCAAGAACAUGAGGAACUGGCCCAAGAACGUCUGCCAGAUUUCCGACACCGAGAGCGUGGAGGUCACCUUCGGUCAGGCCCUCACCUGGGCCAUUCGCAUUGCCCAGCACCUGAAGAGCCGCGGUCUUGACCACAAGGACAUCAUCGGCAUUUCCGCCAAGAACACCACCUACAUUAUGCCCACUGCCGUGGCCUGUUUCUUCCAUGGCACUCCCUUCCAAUCGGCGAAUCCGAUCCUCGAGGAAUCAACCCUUAAGCACUUGUAUACUAUUUCCAAGCCAAAGAUCAUCUUCACCGACGCUGAUCACUACGAGAAAUUGUACUCGGCUACCAGCGAGUUCAAGCCAGAGAUUAUUCUAACCACCGGAAGUAGGGAUGGUGUCCUCAGCAUUCAGGAUCUGCUGCAUCCUACAAAGACCGAGUUCUUCUAUCAGCCCACUCCUCUGAAGGAGGGACCCAAGCAAACCGUGGCCAUCCUCACCUCUUCGGGAACUACUGGAAUGCCCAAGGCUGUGUGCAUCUCCAACGAUAUUCUCACCCAAGAGACUGUCUUCGUCAAUGGCUACGACACGAUCUUCAUCUCGGCCAGCCUGGACUGGAUCACUGGUCUGUGGGCCACCAUCUUCAGCACGGUGAACGGCUGCACUCGGAUCAUCAGCAGCAAGCCCUUCACCGCCGACUACUUCGUGUACUUGGUGAGCAAGUACAGCAUUACGUACGCCCUGAUUCCGCCGGAGCACUGCUGCUCCCUGCUGGACUGCCCCGACGCCACGCCCGAGAAGCUGGGCAGCCUGACGAAGCUGAACUUCGGAGGCGGCCGGAUGACCCAGGCCACCGUGGAGCGGAUCAAGAAGCUGGCGCCCAACGGAGUGCUCAACUCCUCGUACGGCAUGACCGAGGUGGGCUUCAUUGUGUUCAACCACGGGCAUUUGAAGCUGACGGCGGCCGGCAACCCGCUGCCCGGAAUCCAGGUGAAGAUCGUGGACGACGACGGCAACAAACUGGGCAUCAACCAGACGGGCGAGAUCAUCGUGCACAAUGGAUUCAACUGGAACGGCUACUUUGCCGAUCCGGUGGCCACCAAGGAGAUGCAGGACGAGGAGGGCUGGUUCCACACCGGCGACAUGGGCUACUUCGACGAGGACGACUACCUGUACAUGACGGACCGCAAGAAGGAGGUGCUCAAGUGGAAGGGUCUGCAGAUGUGGCCAGCCGAGGUGGAGGCGGUGAUCGAUGAGCUGCCCGAGGUGAAGAAGGUGUGCGUGAUUGGGGUGUACGAUGAGACCCAGGGGGAUGUGCCGGGAGCCCUGGUCGUUCGGGAGGAUAAUGCCACCCUGACCGCCCAGCAGGUGAUUGACCACGUAGCCAAGCGACUGCCCGACAUCCAGAAGCAGAUGCGCGCCGGCGUCCAGUUCGCGGACGAGAUUCCCCAGAACCACAACGGCAAGGCCGUCCGCCGAUACGCCCGCGAUCUCUUCGUUGCCCUGUCCAAGAAGAACUGAGUUCUGGGAUAAUAAUUAUCAUAAUAAUAAGUUUGUUAAGUUAGGGAAACUUUCCGAUUUUUGUGUUCCAUCUGUUCUUUUCGCUUU